AUGACUAGGGAUGAUUAUCAUGAUAAUGGCAAUAAUAUAUGCCUUAGUCCAGAAUGGUCAGUUCUAUGCUCUUUUAUUGUCGUUUGUGACCUUCUUGGCCGGAGAUCGAAGAGACAAGACCUCUUCAGCGAGCUUGAAGAACUUGGGGAUCUAGGGAGCAAGUAUCUGCUGGUUGUUUUUCGAGUCAUGUUCAAUGACCUAGAAGGAACUCCCCCUGCCAAAAGUCGACAGAUCUUGGGAAAUGCUUAUACUUUGAUCUAA